UGCACACACACUGUGAUUAAGCUGGACUGUAGCUUCUUUCCAGCCAGCUCUGUUGCGAGCACUCUUAUCUGUGGUUUUCUCAGCAGACGGCUGGAAGGAAAAAGCAGUGACGCCAAGAUGAAGCCUUAACUCCAACCUUUGUGCACUUCCCCUCCAUUUUUGUCUUUUUUUCUUGAUCACUUUUUUUCAGCUGGCCUCUAUCCAGCCAUACAAGCACAUUGUCUUUCGAGAUGCCAAGCGGAACCUCAUUUGCCCUGAAACCAAAUCCUUCUCAUCUCCGAUGCUGCAGCCACGACACUCUUUCAUUGAUGAGUCUCCAUUUCAUGGAGAAGAGCUGGACACAUUCUGCCGCCUGACCCUGUUGCCUCGGGCACAGCGGGGGCCUGCAUCUCCACCUGUUCUCCAAUCCUGGAUGUUAUAGAGAAUUCCUGUUGUGACAGCUGUACAAGCACGGACAUCACAAUAAAAGCCUCAGACCGGGCAGCAUCAGCAUCUGGAGUCCGAUCCGAGCGGCUAGAGAUACGACGGGCUACGGGGAGAUAAGAUGACACGGCGGCCGAGCGGAGAAGAGACUUUUCAGCGCCUCCCUGACCGCCGCGAGAAGGGACUCGACAUACUUUGCUCUAUGGAGCAACGCCUCAGUCAGAUCCCAGAACCAAAACCAUCCUCCUCCUUCAAGUGGCAACAUGAACGAGUCUACAGCAGCAAAAAAAAAUUCCAAACGAUUUUAGAUAGCAAUGGAGGACAAGAAGAACUUUUCGCAGGUUAUUUCUCAGAUUUUCCAGGAGGCGCCGACGGCCAGGAAGCAGUUGAUUGAGAACCAGGACAACCUGCAUCAAGUUGCAGACUACUGCGAAAACAACUUUCUGCAGGCGGAUGACCCGACCGAGGCGCUCCAGGAGGCCAAGGCUUUGGCCAUUCAGGCGUUGGCCAGCGUGACUUAUCAAAUCAACAGCGUGGCCACUUUGUUGCUCCGAGUGCUGGACUCUCAGGCCGUGCAGGUCAAGAGCAUGGAGUCCUCGGUCAACCUCAUGUCGCUGGCUGUUUGUAUGCAUUGCGAGAAAGUGGCCAGGAGAGAGAUCAGCACCUUCACUACAUCCAAAAGCAACGCAGGCGUCAAUCGUGUGGCACCGCCCGCUUCGGGCAGGGAGCCAGCCAGAAGCUAUUCGCGGGUGCCGAUAUCAUACUCCAUCUUGGACGCCACUGGGCACAGCUUCCAGGUCUCCCAGGAGACCCUCAGAAGCAGGACAAGGACCACUGACAGCACGCAGAGCAAUGAAGAGGCCCCUAUAACGAGCCAAGGCAUUGCUGUGCCUCUGCCAUCUGUCCCCACCUUGCCUGCUGACUCCAACUUCUCUGAUGACCUCCCUGCUCCUCCUCUUCAAGCUUCGAUGGACGCCGGUUCGUCUGCUCCACCUGCACCACCUCCUCCGACCAAUAUGGACAGCGGCUUGCCGCCUCCACCUUUCUUGGCCUCACCAACAUGUCUGCCACUACCACCUCCACCUUCUCCUCCACCAUCAAGCAACCUCUUUUCGCCCGUCUCUCUUCCCCCUCCACCUCCUCCAGUUGCAGGAGCUGCUCCUCUUCCCCCACCUCCUCCACCUCCACCUGUAGUGGGAACUGCUCCUCUUCCCCCACCUCCUCCACCUCCACCUGUAGUGGGAACGGCUCCUCUUCCCCCACCUCCUCCACCUCCACCUGUAGUGGGAAAGGCUCCUCUUCCCCCACCUCCUCCACAUCCACCUGUAGGAGGAACGGCUCCUCUUCCCCCACCUCCUCCACCUCCGCCUGUAGCAGAAACGGCUCCUCUUCCCCCACCUCCUCCUGUAGCGGGAACGGCUCCUCUUCCCCCACCUCCUCCAUCUGUGAUGGGAGCUACCACUCUUCCUCCUCCACCACCACCACCACACACUGGCACCUCCAGUGCUGUGCCACCACCCCCUCCCCCUCCACUGCCACCUCUCCUACAUUAGCAUCCAUCCAUUUUUGUUUUGUUUUGCUUUUGUAGCAGUUGGCCACAUUCGGGUCGCUGGUGAGCUGGAGCCUAUCCCAGCUGACUUUGGGCGAGAGUCGGGUACAGCCUGGACUGAUCACCAUCACAAUUGCCAACUAUUCACAUUCACACCUAUGGACAAUUUCGUCUUCAGUGACCCGAACAUGCAUGUUUUUGGAGUGCGGGAGGAAGGUUAAUUUGGGAAGAAUGCGGGAUACCCCCUAGGCUAGUCCAAAGCACUUUUGAUUUUCCUUCUGUCAGAAAGGUGCUAUACAAACUUGCCUUGACUUGGACUGGUAUUAAUAAAAACACUAAUAAUGGGAUAAAAAUUUAAAACAUUUGUUUUUAGUUUAAGCCUUAUAAUACCCUUCCCACAUGCUGUAACACACAUUAUUAAUUGUUUUUUCAAACACAAGUAAACAUUCUGCGACAUAGCGGGGCUGCGAUAGGUGAACUGUGAUAUAGCGGCGAUUACUGUAUGCCAUAUAUGUGGAUCAAACUUGCUACUUUUAGCCAUUCAGUCGAGGUGCACAUUUCCUGCAUGUUAUGAGCAAUACUGUCCAGUGCAGGGAAAUGAAAGCACUUAUUUCGAUUUAGGUCUAUGUACGGACCUCGUAAUACACUCUAUAGAGCGGCAGCAACAAUACCUUCAACAUGUUUCGACAUCGGCCCCACGACAUUCCGAACAAACAAGCUCAAACAGGGAUUCCUCAGUUUUCCCCUCUUCAUUUCCUUCGCCCUUCCUUAUUGUUUAGAAUGCAUUCUACUCACCAAGAGAGUCAACCUGGGGGGAAAAAAGACAUGUGACAGUGAUAAUAUGCUUAUUAAAUGCUCAGCUCAACAAGUCAUGACUGUGUUUUACAUGCUCAGCAGAGGCUGAACCAGAAGGCAACUGGUCGUUAUCAUGUAAUAACUAUUCAUUAGUUUAGGAACACUUCAUUAGUGUUC